AUGGCCUACACAACAACCUCUUUGGGCAACCCUAUUCACGAGGUACUAAUCUUAACACCGUAUUUUUAUAUUUUUCAGGUGUCUAUAAAUCCAAAUGACAGUACACAAAUGUGUGUGACGGGAAAAGAUAAUUUCAAAGUUUACGGACUCAAUGAUGGAGUUAUCAAACAAAUUGGCCUUAGCAAAAUUGACCCACAAUACUUCCUAUGCCACGCAUGGAUAAACGACGAACAACUAGCUGUUGGGACGGCCAAAGGAACCUGGAUACUAAUAACUAACGGGGAGCCCAUCGAAGAGCAUGAUAUGAAGGUUAAUAUAUCAAAAGAAGGCGAGCAGUUCGACGAUAACCAGUGAGUCAUUAGUGCUAGUUACCCUAUUCCGACGCUCUCCCCUAUUUAAGUUCAUUGACGUGCUUAAUGUUGUUCAUAUCCUGCCGACAAAAUAGACGUUUGCUGGCUGUUGACUUGAACUUGGAAAACCUGGGAAUUAUUGUCCAUAGAAUAUUUUGCGAAAAAUGACGGAACAAGUUUGGCCCCAGGACUAGACAACUAACCGCCUUGUCCAAUGAUAUUUGCACAAGAGUGCGUACUUUUUAUUAAGGCAGAUCCGUAUUUUACGAUGUCCUUUUGGUCGGAAAUCCCGACUGAGCGAAUCAGACUAAGAGUCAGAUGUAUGACCGGCAUCUCAUUAUAAUCAUUUUUGAAAAUCACAGGGGAUCUAGGCUUCAAGUCCAAUUAUUUCAGAACCAGCUCUCUAUAAACAUUGAAUUACUCAGAUACCGGUCCUUUGCCAAACUUGCCAUCUGGAACUGAAAGCACUAUGUUAUCGGAAAUAUUCUAAACUUUGUCAUACUAAGUAUUUUAUCGUUUUCAAAAGACAAACUUCCUACUGAAUUUUAUCAUUUUCUGACUUCGAAGGCAGGAAUUGGAAGACGAAAGUCAAUUAAUCACAAUGGAAAGCGCAACCGCCAUUGUGGCGUCAUCGAAGCAUAUUUUUGUGGCGUGUGGUCCCGGACUGGUACACUGCUUUGAGAAGGAAGUGGUGCCGACUAAAAAGGUGCGCAACAAGCAACAGAAGAAUAACAAUGUACACACUCCCACUCAAAUAUACCGACGAACUAAAGAGAUACGCAUCCCUGCAAAUCCAAACAGUAGUUCGGAUACCGGCUCGUCUAGUCAACAGAUGGUAUCGAAACUCGUCAUCAGUCCAUCAGAGGAGACCUUAAUUGCCAGCACAACUUCUCAUCAACUGUAUCUCUACAUACUAGUGUCUCCUGAAAUGGGCAUAAGUGGAAAGCAUGAAGUUGGCAACCUACUCAGGAAAAAAGACCAAGGGGGACAUAAGAAAUCGGGAGUUACACAAGCAGCAAAUGAAGAGGCCGAGCAGCCUUGUGAAAUUGACCACUUCGAGUUGCUGGCACAAGCUUUUCACGAGGACCGCAUCUUAGGAUUGGACUGCUGCAUUCGCAAGCCGUUAAUUGCAACAUGCGCUGCCGAUAGAACAGUGCGAAUCUGGAAUUUCGAAACAAAGUCAGUGAUAUUUUUGGGUGCUUUCAUCUGCCGACCUUCUUCCAAAAACAAAAUAGUUUUAAAUUUAACUAUAAGAGUAAGACACGUUUUUUCAUUUUCCCACAAACUACAUUCGAAUAAUGUUCACCCUAAACUUACCGAAAAAACACAAGUAAUCUGGUUAAAUAUUUUCAAUUUUUUAUUUGAAAGAGAAGAAUGCGAAUUAUUCUGGAAAUGAUACCACCAAAAGUCUUAGAAAAGAACAUCCUGCAUUCGUUGUGAACAGAUUACAAAUUUAUAUACGACGAGGGAGUGAAUGGAUUUACUCAAAACUGCAUGACCAUUAUGGGGGCAGUUCGAGUUUCAUGCCAAAAUGGUAAUACGGGAUGUCAGUAUGCCGAUAUAAAGGAAAAAGGCAUGCUAGAGGCCACAACGCAUGGGCGGAAAGACUUCGAAGUAAUUAAUUAGGGGUGGAGAAGAUGAACAUAAUUAUUCGACAUUUGAUCAGCGAAUUAUUUGAGUGUUGCGAAAUUUCGUUGUGCUACGCUGUCGAGUAAAAAGACAUUAUUAAGGUUAGCAGCCAAAGACAGCAUCUGGAGGACGCGUUUUUAACUGAACAUACCCUUUUAAAACAUAGCAGGAAGAAAAACAAGAAAGCAUUAAGAAAGGAGGGGGGGAAUACAGGCAUAUACAGAUCUCCAAAUUAGAGGCUGUGAGAUGGUGUAGGGACGUAGAGGUCGGAUAUGAUAAACAAUUUUGUGAAUUUUAUCUUAAAAGAUUUGAGCAUGCUGGAUGGAUGAGAUAUUUGGGAAAAAAGUAACCACCGAAUACCGGAAUAAUGAUACUUAGUUGGGAAAGGUGUUAAAAGAUUCAGAAAUGGGAGAGGGCCGCUGGAAAAAUACACACUGGACUGAUUUCUGACUACAAAUUAGAAAACCAUUUCUCAACGAUCCUACAGAGGGACGAUUCAAGCCAUCAAUCAUAUCGCCAGCAUACUUAACACAUAGGAGGCCAUUGGGAGGUCUCCGAUCCUCAGCGUGAAGUGAACAGAGGUGGGAGGGAUAAGAUGGAACCCUAAUGAACUCCGCAAUUAGCAAGGAGAAGAGUAGAUUUCUGCUUGCCAGACUGGACUAUUCGGGUGCGGAAGACAAAAUAAACCGCAAGAGGGGAGAUCACCCAACCAGGAGAGCCGUACUCGGGUAUUUUGCUAAGGAGAAGCUGCGCGGGAUAGUGCUGAAGGCAAAGGAGUAGUUAUGAGAUGCACACGCGUACGCACGGCAACUCAUGUCCAGCUCUCCUAGAACGGAUUAAGCCACAAAAGUAACAGCAUCCAGGUGAUUACUCCCAACGUUAUAUGCAAAUUUUAAAGGGUGCGAGAUGUGAAAGGAGAAUAAAAUAUACAUCUGAAGCACAGGAAAUAAAAAGCUAACACUGUACAACAUGACAGCAUGAAGUCUGACAGAAUAUUUUAUAUAGGUGACCCCCGGAAGCUACUGGUUCGAGUAAAGUGCGUUAUGACAAAAUUACGAAAAGAAUAAAGCAUUUUUAAAAUACUGUGGUGCUGAUUGUAUGGGCCAGUUCAUCAGUUUCGUUUAGAAUCGCUGCUUUCAAAUGUUAAGGCUUUAGUAUUACUGUUUGCGUCUUAUUAAUUACCACUAGACAAUGGUAGUCCACAAUCUAAGUUUUAAUCUUGGAUCCGUAAAUCACUGGGUAGUGGCAGUCAGCACCAUGCAUUUAAACUGCCGGACUUGCCUUCUGUCAUCUGAUCUCAAGUCACGUAAGAAUAACGUUCACCGAUUUAUUCCUAGUUGCAAGAAGGAAAGAGGCAUUUCCCGUUUUCGUUGGGCUCAGGAUAUACAGUCCAUCGGGAUUCUCGCACAACAACAAGCAGUCAGUAAUCAAAAUAGAGUCACAACCUGGUAUUAUAAUUGGACAGACAGCUAAAGACGAGUGCACAAAUGUCAACUGGAUCCCAGUUCAAACUCUACAGGAAACCCAAACCGGGAUUUAGGGCAUGACUAUUGGAUGAUGGUUUAUGAUUCACAACAGUUCAUAAGUCGUUUACACACGACGGCCUAGAUGGACCGUAGCCCCGGAGUUCCAGGUCGAAAUUGGAAUACCCACUUACUAUCUUCAGUCCAGACAAACAAGUUAAGACUACCUGUAUAUAGUUGCCUUUGUGUGAGGGUUGGGAGUAAAGCUAUCGGCGUUUUACCUAGAGGAAAGCAUUUUCAUCUUGGAUGUUUUAAAGAAAAGCCUCCGGCUGUCUUAAUCGAACUUCCUGUGAACCCAAGCCGUGUUCACAUACAUAGUGCUUCCAAGCCCUGGCAGCCGCGUAUUAGUUAAGGAGGAAUAUUUUUCUCAUACAGUGCACUGUUUAACCGUACAUGUUGAUUAAUACCAGCUGUGAAUUAAAAUAUUUAUUCUUAAAACAUAGGAAUAUAACAUAGCUUUGCUCCUGUACUCGUACUUUGUGUCAGUCACGGUGUUUUUAAUCAUAUAUAUCAGUAAACCGGAAGUCUUCGGAUAACGAAAACAGGUUUUUGAAAUAUGAGCCAAAACAUUUGCUGUCAAUCUACAAAAAACUGUUUUAUGUUCUACAACUGUGCCUCUGAGAAGUCCAUUAUUUGAUCUAUUAAUUCAACCUGAGAUGCAUUUUACUUUUCUUGAUUUUCAGGCAUUUGGAUUUGUACAAGGAAUUUGCCGAAGAGGCCUACAGCAUCGCUCUUCACCCGAACGGAUUGCACGUUCUUGUGGGGUUUAGUGACAAACUGCGUUUGAUGAAUUUGCUCUUUAAAGAUAUUCGCCCCUUUAAGGAGUUCCCGAUUCGUGGCUGCAAAGAGGUACUUCCUCGUUAA